AUGCGUUGCAGGCAGCACACGCCCAAGGAGAUUGCGGAGAUCCACGCGAAGCAUAUCAUUCAGAUGCAAGAACUCGAGACCAACAAAGCGAAGCAGAUCAUAGAUGUGAAGCAAGAGAUAGAACAGGACAAGGUGGCACUUGGGGAGGAGACACGAAAGAUCUGGGCCGAGCAGGAUGAGAUGGUGAAGAAACAGUGGGCAAUAAUUAUGGGACAUUGGGCAGAGGAACUCAAGAGCCUGAAGCUAGCACGAACGGAGGCGGAAAGGUCCGUGAUGGGCAUGGAGAUGGGCACCCCAGAAAGGGACUGUUUAGUCUACAAGAUCAAGUAUUGGGAAAUACAGGAUCGGGUUUCCCAGCUGGAAAAGGGUCACUACGAAUUCGCUUCCGAGAUGGCAGAGGUUAGGAAGCUUUGCAUUGCAAAAGAGAAGAGCCUGAAACUCAAGAUCCUUCAUGAUCAAAACCUCUUCAUGGUCUGUGAAGGUGUCAGGAUCAUGGACAACCACUUCCGCUUCGUCAACGACAACAUCGAUAUCCUUCCUCCCAAGGACGAAUUCAUGCAAACAUUUGAAUCAAUGGCGUCGCAAAUGCACGUGCAGCUGCAAUCGCUCCGUGACGCGAUUUCGGAUUUGUACGCUCUGCCCCAUGGCAUAAAAAAGGAAUAUGACGAUACCAAGACUCAGCUUGACGACGCCGAUACUCGGCCUGACGGCACUAGCCCUUGGUGGGCGAUUGUGAAAUUGCACGAUCUGAUUAGUCGCAACAUGGCGCUAGUCGGCACCGGCACUCAGGCUGCUAGCGCGAACACCCAGGCUGCUGGCAACGACGACGAAAAAGCUUAA